AUGAUCAUAAGCAUCGCUCUGAUAUGGGCAGUGAUGGUGGGGUUCUGCUGCAUCCUUUGGUUGGCUGUAGGGAUACGUCGCAGGCAGCCAAGAGAGCCCGCAGUUGAAAACGGCUUCAUCCCCUAUCUUGGUUGCGCCUUGCAAUUCGGGGCCAACCCUCUCCAGUUCCUCCAUAGUCGUCAAAAGAAGUACGGCCACAUUUUCACAUGCAAGAUCGCGGGCCAGUACAUUCACUUCCUGUGUGACCCCUUCUCUUACCACUCAGUCAUCCGACAAGGUAGACACCUGGACUGGAGGAAAUUCCACUUUGCUACAUCAGUAAAGGCAUUUGGCCACGACAGCUUCGACCCUCGGCACGGCCACACCACAGAAAAUCUCCACCAGACAUUUCUGAAGACACUGCAAGGAGAAGCAUUGCCUUCCCUGAUUGAGAGCAUGAUGGGACACCUCCAAGAUGUCAUGUUAAAGUCCAACACACUCAGUCCCAGCAAGGAUAACUGGGAAGUGGACGGCAUAUUUGCUUUUUGCUACAAGGUGAUGUUUGAAUCAGGUUACCUGACAUUGUUCGGUAAAGAGCUCGGCGAGGAUAAGGGCCAGACCCGGCUGGCUGCUCAGAAGGCCUUGGUGCUGAACGCCUUGGAGAAUUUCAAAGAGUUUGACAAGAUCUUCCCAGCUUUGGUGGCUGGCCUGCCUAUCCACGUCUUCAAAAGUGCCUACAGCGCCAGAGAGAAUCUAGCCAAAACAAUGCACGCCGAGAAGCUGUCCAGGCGGGAGAAUGUUUCGGAUCUGAUCUCCAUGAGGAUGAUCCUCAACGAUUCCUUAUCCACCUUCAAUGAUUUGAGCAAGGCGAGAACUCACGUUGCUCUGCUCUGGGCUUCGCAGGCGAAUACCUUACCUGCAACUUUUUGGAGUCUUUUUUACAUGAUUAGGAGCCCAGAUGCAAUGAAAGCAGCUCGUGAGGAGGUGCAGAGAGUUCUGGCGGCUUCGUGUCAGACCGUUAACCCAAAUGACCCCACGUUGAGCUUGAAAAGGGAGCAACUGGACAACAUGCCUGUUUUGGACAGCAUCAUAAAGGAAGCCAUGCGUCUAUCCAGCGCGUCCAUGAACGUGCGGAUUGCCAAAGAGGACUUUUUACUUCACCUCGACAACCAGGAGGCUUACCGAAUUAGGAAAGACGACGUCAUAGCGCUUUACCCACCCAUGCUACACUACGAUCCAGAGAUCUACGAAGACCCAUACGAGUAUAAAUUCGACCGAUUCCUGGAUGAAAACGGGCAAGAGAAAAGCACUUUUUAUCGCAACGGAAGGAAAUUACGUUACUUUUGCAUGCCCUUCGGCUCCGGGGUCACCAAAUGCCCCGGUCGAUUUUUUGCCAUGUAUGAAAUUAAGCAGUUCUUGACGCUGGUUUUGUCUUAUUUUGAAAUGGAACUUCUGGAUCCCGCGAUCAAAGUCCCGCCUCUUGACCAGUCACGCGCCGGUUUAGGAAUCCUUCAACCGACGUAUGAUAUCGAUUUUAGAUACAAAUUGAAAUGCAACUUUUAA